AUGGUGGCCAUGAAGCCCGGCGACUAUUGUCUUGGACCCUUCGCCCAGGGUUUUCAGAAGGACUGUUUCACAUGUGCCCUGAAGAAGGGUUUGCAAAUAGCCAACACUGAGAUGUGUGUGAACGUUGUGCAACUCACAGCCAAGUUCUCCCCUGAAACUUGCUCACUUGAUUGUUUGUCCUCUCUUCAGAGGUCAUCAUCCAUCACCCCUCCGUGCAGCAGCGAAAGGCAUUAUGAGCAGUCCAGACGAUGCUGUAACAAAUGCGAACCUGGGACGUUCAUGUCUGCCAAGUGCACUGCUGCUUCUGAAAGUGUGUGCUCCCCCUGCGGCCCAGAUGAAUACUUAGACACGUGGAACGAAGAGGAUAAAUGCCUAUUGCAAAGAGUUUGCGAUGCGGGCAAGGCGCUGGUCGUGGUCCAUCCCGGCAACAGCACCUCGCAGCGGCAGUGCGCCUGCACCCGGGGCUACCACUGGAGCGACGACUGUGACUGCUGCAGGCGCAAUCGGGACUGCGGGCCGGGCUUCGGGGCCAGGCACCCGCUAUUGCCCAACAGGGAUACGGCAUGCGAGCCAUGCCCUCUGGGCUACUAUUCCGAGAGCUUUUCUGCCACUGACAAGUGCAAACCCUGGACCAACUGCACAUUUCUUGGACAGGAAGAAAUCGAUCCCGGGACCAAUAAGUCAGAUGUGGUCUGCAGGAUAUCCUUUGGGCCCACAAAGUUCUGGAAUGAAUCCAGUGAAGUCACACGUGGAUUGAUCAUUCCCUUCCUCUUUGUGUCAAUGGCUCUAAUUGGCCUCAUCUUCCUUGGCAUUUACUAUAGGAAAGAAGGGAAAGUCCUGACAGCUGAUUUAUGGCAUUGGUUCCAUGUCACGUGCACCAGACUAAAGGGCAAUAAGGAUUCCUCCAGUGACAGUUUCAUCAGCCCACGUGUGGCCCACGCUGGCCACCGCCAGCCUUUUGAGGGGGUCUUGCUGCUGACCCUGGGAGAGAAGGUGUGUCCCGAAGGCGCAAGUUGUCCCGAAGGACUCCUGCUCAGUGGACCGGCGGCCCGGGCCAGGGAGCCCGAGGGGGGCCCCUUCUUGCAGAUUCCUAUGGAAGACGAGUACCUGGACCGGCCGGCCCCCAGCCCCAGGGGCCUGCUGGCCCUGAGCUGCCUGGAUGGCACGUCUGGGUCCCCUUUCCCCGAACCUCUGGAGAUCGGGGAGAAUGACAGUUUGAGCCACUGCUUCACGGGGACUGAAAGUCUGGGAGAGGAGGGGCCCUGCGGCUGCCCCGAGUGGGCUGCCUGCGCCCCCGCGUCCUUGGAGAAAUCCCCACAGAAGUUGGGCCCCGAUGCAGCCCUGAGGUUCCCGGAGGAGGCCGAGCGCAGCGGCCCAGAUGACUGGUGGCCACCCCGCUCCCCGGCCAACGGCUAUGCGGGCUGCAGGAUGGGAUCGAGGGAGGGGCCCGAGACCCCAGGGUCCUGCACGACCCCCCCGGAGAGCGGGCCUUUGCCACCCUGUGCCUGCGGACUGGGUUUCCUGUACGAUGGGGUGGAGAGCCAAGAGCCGUCCUCGGGACGAGGCGAUGCCCAGGACCGGAGCAUGGCCGGCGGCAGCUCAGGACCCUCUGGGACCCCGACUGGAAGCCCCACAGACCUGCCCCCUGCGCCGGGAAAUGUGACUGGAAACAGUAACUCCACGUUUAUUUCACAUGGAAAAGUGAUGAAUUUCAAGGGCGACAUAAUUGUGGUCUACGUUAGUCAGAACUCCCAGGAAGGCCCUGCGGGUGCCGGGCCAACAGAAGAGACCGUGGUGGGCAGCCCGGUGCAAGAGGAGACCCUGGAUCGCUGUGACACCUUUGCAGGGAACGCCCCCCUCUUCCAGGAGAAGUGUGCUGACACCCACCCGGGGACCCCCGAGGAGGACGUGGGACAAAAGAGCAGGCCCGAGGGCGAGAGAAGCCCAGGUCCCGCCCUCCCCACGGAAACGUGGGGCGGCACUGACCGAGUGGCCACCCAACCUGUGCAGGAGGAGGGGAAAGCGGCUCACUGCCGGCCGACGGCCUGGCACCCUUGA